AUGGAUCAAGCCGAUGAUUUAAAAGCAUUUGAACGUCGUAUGAUUGAAAUCAUAUCUUCUCUUCAACCAUCAAUAUGGCGUUGGCGUUUUAUAUUAUUAAUUCUUGUUUUAUUUGCUCUUAUUACAUUUUAUGCCUUAAUAACUGAUGUAUCAUUAACAUUAUCAUCAUUAUCAACAUUAUCAAUGACAACAUCUUCUAUAAGAAGUAAUAUAAAGAAUGAUAAAUCUUAUAUAUCAAUAUUUUUGUUAAAUUUAUUUCGAAAAGAAAUUUAUUUUUCUUUUUCAUUUGGUUUAUUAAUCUUUGCAUUUUUAUUUGGUAUACAUCGUAAAAUGUUUGCAUCAUCAAUAAUAAUAGCAAGAUUUCAUUAUAUACUUAAUGAUUAUAAUAUGUCAUGUGAUUCUGAUGGUCGAUUAAUAAUAAAACCAAGACCAACAACAUAUAUUAGUGGAGGAUUAUAA